AUGGCAGGAUUCGAACUCUUCCUGCUUAAUAUACUCGGGCGUCGUUCAAACACUUCCCUUCGUGGAACAAGGAUCGCAAAUAGAAUUAUCAUGGCAGAAAGUGUAAAAGUAGACUGGAUUGGUGUUCCUGUACCGAAAGAUAUUACUGUAAGACAAUUUUAUGAGGAUCUUAUUGCAGGAAAAUUUGUUUCUGAAGUAUGGUUAGAUAAUGAAGAUCAUUUACAGCCAAUUAAAGCUGAAUUUUCAUCCAAUAAAACUGGUCCUUUUAAUGUUGUUAGUAUGGAAUUUAAUAUGACUGAGGCACUUGAAGCAUGGGGAAACAGAGUACAAUAUUAUCAAACAAAUAGCUCAACAUCAUUAUUAGAAUAG